GCUGUUCCUUUUACACGCUGUCCACCGCCGCUGCUGGGUUGUAUGCGUCGCUCUUUCCUAAUCGGCCGGGGCAAGGUUUUAUGGCAAAGGGAGGUCGUCAUCUUUCUCUUGUGCGUCCCCCAAUUACUUUUUAAAAAUUCCGCCUAAAAAGAGAAGACGCUUUACCAAAUCUUUUGGGCCGUUAUUUCGCGGCAGAAUUUCUGAUCGGGUGUAUAACAGUUAUCCAGAAGGUCUGGGAGUAGCACUCUACAGAGAACAGUUUGACUUUAACGCCGAGCCUCCUUGGGACCCCAGCUGAUAGUGGUGGUAUUCCAUCUCCCAACUUGUCCAUAAGUGGGGGAUGAUGCCAGUCUUGAAGUCGAGGAAGCAUGUGUGACAUAUAGGUUUGUUGCAUAUUUUAAAAACCCCGAUAUUGAAGGCUCGGUGAGGACCUUCACUUGGUGUUUGGUUUAGCAGUGUUGGCUUUGUGGAUCACCCCAAAAUGAAAGGAUUUGUUGAACUUGAAGAAAGCUACCCCUUUGACCUUCUGGAAGAAAAAACCACACUUAAUGAUGUGAUUGACAACCAUAUUCGUGAUCACAUGCUUGAGCAAACUGAAAGGAAUGCCUUUUUUGUUGCUGAUCUUGGGAAUGUUAUGAAGAAAAACAUACGAUGGCAGAACGUGAUGACGCACGUGAAACCAUUUUACUCUGUCAAGUGUAACAGCAGUCAAUCUGUAAUUGAAGUCCUGGCAGCUCUUGGAACAGGUUUUGCCUGUGCAAACAAGAAUGAAAUAACACUUGUGCAAAGCUUGGGCGUAACACCUGACAAUAUCAUCUACAUAAACCCAUGCAAGCAGGUCUCCCAGAUUAAGUAUGCAGCCAGAAAGGGAAUAAAUAUCAUGAGUUGUGAUAACGAGGCUGAACUUCUGAAAAUUGCACGUAACCAUCCCAGUGCUAAGCUCUUGGUAGACAUUGCAACUGCAGUUUCAAAUGAAGAAAAUGAGAUGGGUAUGAAGUUUGGAGCUACAUUGAAGGACUGCAGGCACCUUUUGGAAUCUGCCAAAGAUCUAGGGAUUCAGGUGGUUGGCGUAAGAUUUCAUGUUUCAAGCCCAAAAAGCAAUAUAGAGACUUACCUGCACGCUUUAUCUGAUGCUCGUUGUAUCUUUGAUAUGGGUAAAGAAUUUGGUUUUGAUAUGAGCCUGCUUGACAUUGGGGGUGGAUUUUCUGGAACGGAUGGUGAAUUGCAGCUUGAAAAGGUUUUUGAUGCCAUAAAUCCACUCCUCGAGAUUUACUUCCCCCCUGAAAGUGAUAUUAAAAUUAUUGCUGAACCUGGUAGCUACUAUGUGAAUUCUGCAUUCACCCUAGCAGUUAACAUAGUAGCCAAGAAGACUAUUGCAAGAGACUUACAGAAUCAGUCUGAAGUUCCUUCUCUGAACGAUGAGCCAUUCUUCAUGUAUUACAUAAGUGACGGUGUUUAUGGCUGUUUUGCAAAUAGCUUGUAUGGAACUGUGAAUGCCAUUCCAAUUCUUCACAAGAAACUUAAUUCAGGAGAGCCUGUAUUUGCCAGUAGCCUGUGGGGACCAUCCUGUGAUGGGCUUGAUCAGGUUGUAGAGCACUGUCUUCUACCUGAAUUAAGUGUAGGUGAUUGGGUCAUCUUUGAAAACAUGGGAGCAUACACAUUGAAGCAAUCUGCCUUUAACGAGUUCCAGAAACUUCCCGUUUACUGUGUGAUGUCAAUAAGUGAUUGGUGUUGGAUGCAGGAAGUUGGUUUAACAUUGGAAACAUCAGUGAAGAACUCUUCAUGUGUGCCUUCUUGUUUCCAGCUGAGCCGGGAAAGUGGCUUUCCGGCUACCGGUUUGUCUGGCAUCAGUGCUUAAGUUACAGAAUUGCCAUUCUGUUCAGUCGCAUGUCUGGUUGACUUUCCAACACGGAAGGAAACCAGUGGAACAAUCUUGCUUUCUUAAUGUUUUUGUUUAAAAUUUAACUUGAACACUUGAUGUAGUUAAUCGGGACCAGGCAGAAAUUGGCUAGAAUAACUACCAGUGGUCAUGCAAAAAAAAGAAAUUAGCAUUUAACCAUCUGAAACAAAGCCUGUGAGUUGAUGUAACUUUUUACUUUCUCCCUCCCUCCCUUCCCCCACAAACCAACAAUAAAAUAUGCAACAAAAUGGAUGACUUGGAAGAGGUGGAAACCUAUCACUGGGUUCCCUGCUUAAACAGUUUACAUAUUCACAAUUUUUAUACAGAUAUUCUUGUCAUAGAUGUCUUGAGGUUUUCAUUUGCCCAUUUAACAGAAUAACCAGAGCGAUUUGAUGUGUAAAAUGUUUAGAAUGUGUAAAAUAUGUGCUUCAUUCUGUAGUUUAAUAAAUGUAAAAUUGCAGCAAACUUUAUAUGAUCUAUUGUCCCUGUUAUUGA